GAAGCGCUGUGGGAGGAAAGACGGACGAGCCUCACAUCCGCACCGCUGAGGAGGAGGGUGGCGCGGAGGAAUCCACUUGUAAAGUCCGCGUAGUAGGGGAAUAAAAUAAAAAUGCGCUGAGAAGAGAUCUGUCAAUAGCUCAGUUAUUAACCAAAGAUUACCUAACGGCACUGAGACAUCUGGGCCACAGAAGGGAAGGGAAAAAACCGCUCAGGACAAGUUGUGUUUUCAGAGGAAACCCUGUUGGAGAUGAAUACCAACGAUGCCAAGGAGUAUCUCGCGCGGCGGGAGAUACCUCAACUGUUUGAGAGCCUGCUGACAGGUUUGAUGUACUACCGGCCUGAUGACCCCAUUGAAUACUUGGAAGGCUGUCUGAAGAAAGCUAGAGAGCUUGGAGGGCCGGAAAAAGUGCGGUGGGAUACGUUCGUAGGCCAGGAGAAGAAGCCCCUACCCCCACUCAAUGGAGGCCAGUCACGCAGGUCCCUCUUCAGAAAUGUGUUGCCCGACAGCCCCAAUUUUCCCUACAGACGGUACGACCGCCUCCCUCCCAUCAGCCAGUUCUCCAUUGAGAGUGACUCGGACCUGUCGGAGACAGCGGAGCUCAUAGAGGAGUAUGAAGUGUUUGAUCCCUCCAGACCGCGACCCAAAGUCAUCCUUGUCAUCGGUGGCCCUGGCAGCGGUAAAGGAACACAGAGCCUGAAGAUUGCGGAGCGCUACGGCUUCCAGUACAUGUCUGUGGGCGAGCUGCUGAGGAAGAAGAUGAUCCACAACGCCACCAGCAACAGAAAGUGGAGCCUGAUCGCUAAAAUCAUCACCAAUGGAGAGCUGGCACCACAGGAGACCACAAUAACUGAAAUAAAGCAGAAGAUUAUGAAGAUCCCCGAUGCCAACGGUAUUGUCAUAGACGGGUUCCCUCGUGACGUUGGACAGGCCCUGUCCUUUGAGGACCAGAUCUGCACUCCGGACCUGGUGGUCUUUCUCGCCUGCACAAACCACCGUUUGAAGGAGAGGCUGCAGAAGAGGGCUGAGCAGCAGGGACGACCUGACGACAACCCCAAGGCCAUCGACCGCCGCCUGACCAACUUCAAACAAAACACUAUUCCGCUGGUCAAGUACUUUCAGGAGAGGGGCCUCAUUGUUAUGCUGGAUGCUGACCGAGAUGAGGAGGAGGUCUUCUGUGACAUCAGCAUGACUUUGGACAACAAGCUGUUUCCCUCAAAAGAGCCUGCAGCUGGUCCAAGUGAGUUGGAUCUCAGUCUACUGAGUGAAACAAGCAACCUGGCAGAUAUGGCCUGCAAGAAUGAUGAGGCCGAAGAAGAGGAGGAUGUUGGGUUUGCAGAAGGAACCACAGAAAAUUACUGCACAGAACAGAAGAAAACAAAGGUCAUUUUCAUGAUAGGUGGUCCAGCCUCAGGUAAGACCCUCCAGUGUGAGCGAAUGGAGGAGAGGUUCGGCCUGCGUCCCCUCACCCUGGGUGACCUGUUGUGUAGCGAGCUGCAGUGUCACAGUGAAAGAGGACGCCACCUGCGGGAUGUUCUGGAGAGAGAAGAGAAGCUGCCUGAGGACACACUGCUGGAACUGCUGUGUGAUGCUGUGGCAUUGUCUGGACGGCAGGGAAAAGGUGUGGUGGUUAGCGGCUUCCCCAGAGACCUGAGACAGGCGGAGGAGUACAAAGCCAAGAUCGGGGAACCCAGUGCAGUUAUCCUGCUGAACUGCUCUCCAGACACCAUGUCCAGUCGGCUGAAGUGUCGCGGGAGGCCCUCCUCCAGCUUCCACCCCGCCUCAGACAAAGAAGGCGUCCUGCAGAGGAGGGCUGAGCGCUUUUGCAGCGACACCCAGGAGUUUGCUGCUUACUAUGAACGCAAGAGGCUUCUGCACACAAUUGAUGCCGAGAGGUCGCCAGAUGAAGUGUUCGCCCAGAUCUGCCAGGCGAUGGAGUCCUGCUCUCUCUUCUGAUUUCUACCAUUUACACCACCUCACUCUGCUUUCCAGCAGGCCUACUUAUAAAGACCCUGCCUUUUUCUCCCAUCUCAUGGACGUCCCUCCACAUAACCUCACACCUGCAUCAGCUCAUUAAACCACAGUGGUAUGCAUGUCUCACCUGCAAACAGUUAAAGCUUCUAACUCUGACACAAUGCCUGGUUGUCACUUUCUGCUACCUACAUGCAUCACCCUUCCUCCCCUCUCACUUCAACCUCAAUAUAUGCUGCCAACUGCCGGACCGAGGCUCAUAACUGUACAGAGAAAACAGCAUUCCUGCUGUGACUGAGAGCAUGCUGAAUGUUCCGCCAGAGGAAUGGAGCAGGGUUUUUCUGCCUGCUGGAAAGUGGAAAUCUCAGUGUGUGUUCUUGCUCUCAUGCACAGCACCAUGCUUUAUAUUAUAACAAGCAUGCAAGACUUACAGAUAAGCUUAAACUGCCUUUUGUGCAUUGAAUAAAAAACAGUGGCAUAUUAAGAGUAUUAGGAUUACUGCAUUUGUAUGUUUACAAGUUCAUCGUACAGGUUCUUGUUUGAGUCUGGUAUUUAACAUUCAAUAAAGCCAGUGCAUUUGCUAAACUUA